AUGCUGAGAAGCAAUCAUGGCUGCUGGAGCUGUAGGAUCAGGCGCAAAAAAUGCGAUGAAACAAAGCCUGUGUGCACCACAUGCACGUCCCGGAACAUCACCUGCCAUGGCUACGGCAGCAAACCCGGUUGGCUGGAUGGCGGCGAGCAGGAGAAACGCAUUGCCAGAGAUCUGAAAAACCAGAUUGCUGAUAAUCUCCGGAAAAACAGAAAGAGGAGAAGCCCUCGCAACAUACAGUCGUAUGCAGGCGACUCUGCGCGGCACGGCAAUGUCGCUGGAGUCAUACAUGGCUCGUUUGCGUUGAAUACCAACCUGACAAAACCGCCGUUUUCUGCUCUUGCUGCCACCUCGUCUAUGGUUUCUGAGCGUCUGACGAGCUACCGAGAAGCAGAGCUUAUUAUGCACUAUAUGGAUGCUGUCUUCCCAUUGCAGUUCCGAUUUCAUGCUCCAGACGCCAAAGGCCGUGGAUGGCUGCUUUGGCUAAUAGUCCAAUCCGGUCCCCUAUAUCAUGCGGCUCUCAGUUUGAGUGCCCUUCAUCAGUCAAUUCGAAUGUCAGUUGAGUUUAGAAACAGCUAUACUGAAUUGGCCAAUUAUCAUGCGCAAGCCCUGACAGAUCUACGGCAAUUUCUACAACGUAUACAAGAAAACAAUGACACCGAUGAGAGAAGCAGAAAGAUUGAAGUUCUUUCAUGCGGUGUAUCAUUGAUAAGUUUUGAGCUUUUCCAAGGUGGGACCAGUGAUUGGCAAUUGCAUCUAAAUGCACUGAUCUCUAUCCUACUCGGUGGACAUGCUUCUUCCGUCAUUGAGCUCCUGCGUGAAACUAGGCAGAGCAGUAAUAGUCUGGGGGAGUCCUUAGCCUGGCAAGGGACGGCGCUGUCAUUCCUCAUUACAGUGAUCCUGUGGUUUGACCUUCUCUCUUGCGCUUCAACCAACUGUGCACCGAGGAUGCCUUACCGGUCACUUCUCGAUGCAAACAUCGUCGAUAUGUCAACCACCAUGGGAGUUCGGAAUAAUGUCAUGCGAGCCAUUGGAGACAUAGCUUCCUUGAGCGCAGACAAUAUCCUUGUCCAUUCGCGUAUCGAACCAAGUAUCUUGAUCGAGCGUCGUGCGAUCGAACAAUCCUUAAAGCGGGAGUUGGAAAUCCUCGAAGAUGAAGUUCCAUUAUCUCCCAGUACGUCCAAGCUAGCACCGCUGGAGCACAUGGAGAAAGUUCGAGAUGUUACUCGUGUUUUCGCUACAGCGGCUCUCGUUCAACUGGGUGCCAUAUUCCCCGGAAACGGAUCGGGCGGUCACACCAUACACGAUGCCAUAGAGCAGAACAUGGCAGCAAUCAAGAGCAUACGCAACUCACAGGAUGUACGCGGUCUCAUUUGGCCCAUCUGCAUUUCAGGCUCAAUGGCUCAAGAUGAGCAGCAGCAGUUCUACGAGGCAACCAUAAGAUCCGCAUUGAAUGAUACCCCACGCGACUUUGGUAAUUGUACCACUCUGUUAGACAUUUUGAGAUGGUGUUGGGAGAAAAGGAACGAGUAUUCGAGUUAUGAGGUUGACUGGAGACAUGCAAUGGCCGAUAUAGGCACAUGUCUCCUCGUGUGA